GGCGCUCGGGGUCGCGACCCAGACCUCGACCCCGCGCAUCCAGCGGACUCCGGGUCUGAGCAGCCUCCGCCAACCCAGGGAGCCCCGCCGCCCAAUCGCUCCUUUCGCCCCGAAGUUCCCGGUCUCCGCCGCGGGCACCGAUGCCCGAACCACAACCCCAGCCUGGCGGGAGCCCGGGCGUCCCAGCUCCGUCGGGUGGGCGCAGGUGCGGCGACGCCCCCGCCCUCGGCCCCCCGCCCGGGCCUCGCGGAAAACGCUCCCCAGUUGGAGUUGGUGCCCGGCCGGCUCGAAGCAAGCCCCGCACUCGGAAGGCCCCGGGACCCGACGCGGCUCACCUGGGCGCUCGCCAGCCUCGCGACCCGCUCGGGCACCGCCGCAACCUGCCGCCCCCAGCGCCGCGGCGCGCCCCGACCCCGCGCCCCCAUUGGCCCGCGGCCCGCGUGCCCCGCCCUCCAGCACCCCUAUUGGCUUACCCGCGCGGGUGUCCCGCCCUCCAGCCCUCGUCCAUUGGCUACCUCCGUCACGCCCCUCCCCGCCCCAUUGGCUCGUCGCCGCGCCCCGCCCCCAGAAACUCCAGGUGUGGGCGGGCCAGAGGGCGGGGCCUAGAUGCGGCCCCCAUCCCCUAUCCUGCGAGGUACGCGGAAACGCGGCGGCUGCGGCCCCCCGGGCGGCGCGUCGGGGCAGGUGUCUGGCCCCGCUCCUGGGCGGACUUCCUCAGCCGCCUUCCAGUGUGCUCCCAAAGAACAUCACGAAUGGCUCCCAAGUCUGGCCCCGGGGCUGAAGAAGCCAAGGAGGAGGCUCUCUCGUCCUCCACAGACCGAGAGUCGGUCAGUGGUCACCUGGGACCUCCAGCGGGCACACCUGCAGCCUCUGCGACUUCCAUGACACGGGUGGCCUGCUCUGCCAACCCGCAGUUGGCUCCUGAGUCCCUGGAUCCUCGCACGCUGCGGCUGCUGUGGGGGCAGCGAGAACUAGAGAUCCAGGCCUUGCGGUGGGCGGUCCGGAAUGGCCGGGACACCCGGCUCUGGCACAUCCUGCAGGAGGUGGCGGGGCUUCCGCCCAAGAGGAGCUCCCACAGUCAGGAGAGGCUCCUGCAGAGCCAGGUCCAGAAGCUGACCCUGCAGCUGAAGGAACAGAAAGAGCAAGCCCAGUGGGAGAAGGAGUACCUGGAGGAGCAGCUGCUGGAGACCACGCGCAGGCUCCAGGAGGUAGAGGCUGAGCUGCAGAACUUCCAGAAGUCCUGCCUCCUGCAGCUAGCCCGCUCCUCGUGGGUGGGCCGCAUGCUGCAAUCCCAGACUGGCAGUGUGGAGGGCUUUCGGCUGGAAAAAGACUGGAACAGCAUUGCCCGCCGGUACCCCAACCUCUUCACCAACGUGGAGCUUGACUCCCAGCAAAAGCAGCCAUGGCCCUGGCCACAGCUGGACACAGGGAGCCCGGGGUCCCCUGGAAAGCACUCCGAGGGGCAUCAGGAGACCGUGACGCGGGGCUCCCUGCCCUGUCUGGGCACCAGCAGCUCAGGGGGUGCUGACUCCGACUCCAGCAGCUGCCAGCAGGGCCUGCCUUAUCACCUGCUGAAGGCAUCAAGGCACUCGCCCCGGGGCUGGGGUGCUUCCUCGGAGAAGGCACUGGUGCAGGCCAGGAGCUUCGGAAGAGGAUCAGAAGGUACGCCGUUCGAGGGUCCCCCUCCCCAAAAGUGCUCCUCUCUAGAUCUCCAGAAAACCCAAUCAGCCAGGCACCGCAAGCCUGUCCUGACACCAGAGCUCUGCACAGACCCUGACUACCCGGGCCCCGAACACCAGCAGAGCCCGACGGGCAGCUGCCUGAAGAUCGUGGCCGUGAGCGUCAGGGAGAAGCUCGUCCGCAUCCUCAAUCAGUCGCAGCUGGAGACGGCCGACCUGGGCGGCGCGGUGCUGAAGCAGCUGGUGCGCGGCCGCCCGGAGCGCCUCUACCGCUUCCCGCCGGCCACGCUGCUGGCCCCGCGCCACCACAUUACGGUGCGCCCCGGCUCGCGAGCCCAGCCCGGACGGCCCUCCCGGCCGCCCCUCACCCACCACUCCGCGCCCUUCCAGAUCUGGGGCGAGGGACCCCGCAACGCCAAGAAGCCGCCGUGCGCGUCCUCGGGCCGGGAGCCCCAACCCUCUCACUCCAGCCCCGACUGCGUGACGCUGCUCCUGGGCCCCAAGGGCGAGGUCCUCAGCGAGCACCGGAUCCCACACUGCGCGACUCCGGCCCCGAGGGUCUUUGCCGACGACACUGACUUGUCCAUCGACCGCUUCCCGCUCCCGGAGGCGGGGCCCGGCGCCGACCCCUGCGAGCCGCCUGGAACCCCGCGCAGAGGCCGCGUGCGGGAGUCCCGGGUCGGUCGGAGGCCACGGACGCGGGCCCUACAGCCGCCGCCGAGCUCGGGGAAGCGCUUCCACCCGCGGGAGGGGCCCGCGCAGCACCUGCCCGCCAUCCCCAGGGAGCGCACGCCGGAGGGAGAGCGCGGCCCGCCUGACCCCACCCCACCGUCGCCUCCCGCAGACGCCGGGCUGGGCCUGGAGGACUGGCGGCUCCUGAAGGAGCACCGGGUUCGGGUGUGCCGGAAGAGCGUGGACCGCAGCUGCCCCAUGGUGGCCCUGUCGGUGCCGAGCACGGCCCAGAGCAGAUACGGCUUCCGCUUCCUCAACUGCCUGCCGUUCACCAUGGACUCCUGCCGCCGCGCCUAGGGGGCCGGGACCGCGAGGACGGCUGGCGGGACGGGCGCGGGGACUAGGCAGGCGCGGUCCGCUGCGUAAUUUAAUGAACCAACGUUGCCUACAAAGUAAAUCGCAUUUCUGUGCACCUGA